AUGAAUGACCUUCACCAAUCUCUCCCUCCCCAAGCUGACGUCAUCCCAGAUCAGCUCGUCUUCCCUCCAUUCCUGUCAGUCCCGCCUAUCAUCAAUCUCAAACCUAUCUCAGAGUGGAACGACUAUGGGUUAUGGCUUCCCAAGACUGUAAGGACUGACGAGAUUUCACCUACUCACUCAGCUCAAAGGAAACAUGCGCGUCCAUGCGAUAGUACCAACACUCCACUGAUCUCAGUCGGACAUCCUUUUGCUGGACUUUCCUUCGAAGAGAAAGAGGAAGCGAGAAGAACCAAAAGAAGAGAAGCCGAUCAUAGGAGGAAGGAGGCCGCUGGAAGACCAGGUUUCCGAGUCGCCAAGGAGGAAUGUUGGCUUAUCGGACAUGACCCUACCUGGAAUGAACCGGAAGGCACUAGCAAAUCGGAUUACGAUGAAGCGAUUCCACCUUUCUCACGAUUACUUUCCGCCACUAGAGACUUUGAAUACUCAAGACACGCUGAAUUCCAAUUCACUAGAAGCAAGCGGUUGUUUCAAUUGGUUCGCAAUGCUUUCGGUCUGCGAAGCUCAUUUCAAGGCAGACAUUGGUCUGGAUCUGGUCCUCACGGCUACGAAUAUGUCGCUCCGAAAUCGCAUGCGAGCAGAGGUAACGAGUGCACCCCUUUCGAAACCGACUCAGGUCCGGACGUAGACGAGGUCUGCAUUCUUCUCACAGAUCCAGAAAACUGUGUUCGUGGGAUUCUUGCUUUGGCCCGACGAGAGGCCGAGGCUGGAUGGGAUUUCGAACCUGCACAUAAGUUUACAGUCAUCACUGCCGCAUUCUUGUCCUUCCUCGUACACUACGAUGUGCUGCCUGAACCAGCAUUGCAAGCUCCAUUGAGGAAAGCUUGUGACAUCGCUCGUUCUGCACCACAAGCUCUACUCGAUGCCAAGGCGCUGGAAGACGUGUUGAGCUCUGGGACCGGCUGGAAUCGUGCCAAUUGGACAAUGUAUGGUGGAUCGUGGGGUGGAUCAGAGCGAGGAGGGUUGGAGAAAGGUUCAAUAAGUUGGGGUGAGCAGAAUGCCAAGGGAAAAACUUCGGAAGAGGUUGCAGAUGACGGUGGAUGGUCUGUGAGCAAGAUCAUUGACGAUAGUCCCGUCGCUUUGACCAAAGAAGAGGUGUAUAUUCAUUUGGUCCCAUUCGUUCGACCAUUUGACAUCGGUCACAUCUCGCUCAUCCAAUACAUCCCUUAUGCUCGUAGACGCGUAGUAUCUGUGCUCCCACCAAUCAGUGAAGAUCCUGGUGUACCAGCUUAUGCAACUCGCUGCCAUCGUUUAGUUACUGCUCCAGCGCCUUGGACUGCCAAGGAGAAAUGGCGAACCCAUAAUCGAUUCCAUACGGACGACUCAAACGACGACGAGGAAGACUCGGCAUGUGAUGAUUCUAAUCCACUGGAUCAAGAAGUUGCGACGGUGGAUGAGCCCGAUCGCCUCAUCAUUUGGGUUGAGGAUCUUGGUGAAGAUCCCUCCCUCGUCGACAAAAUGGUCGGAAUGGGGCUUCGAGGUCGAUGGGGUCUUAUGGGCCGCAAACAUGGUUCCGAGAGCGACUUUACCCAAUGGUGGGCUUUCAAGGCUAAAGAUUAUGUCUUGCCUUCCUUCUGGUCCCCCUAUUCAAGUAACGCUACCUAG